UGUGUGUGUGUGUGUGUGUGUGUGUGUGUGUGUGUGUGUGUGUGUGUCAGCAGUGAACAGCACCCUUCCUUGGGGUGCAAAGAUAGUGAUCUUAGUCCCAUGGUAGGCAGAGUUAAUGGUGAUACUGUGCUGGUGUCAGACAGCCCAAUCAAAAUGAUGUGAGGGACAGAAAGGCCACUUAAAGGUCACAGGUGAUGAGAUUCCCAGUGGCACUGUUGACAUCACCUCUGGUAUCGUUCAGCAUUUUAAUCACAACUUUUCUUUUCCUCUGAGUGCAUUGUUGCCCGUAAAGGUCUCCAGCCUUAUCUCGAGGUAUGACGAACACUGGAGGUGAGUUCAGGUCCUCCUCGCUGAUGCUAGGCCCUAUAAAAGGUGGAAAGAACAUCCAAAAAGAAACACAAACCACAGAGACACUUAAACAUACCUUCGAGAUACCUUCAGUAUUUGUUCAGCAUCAUGUGGAAGGCAGCGCUCUUGACCCUGGGCUUGUUGGUGGCUCUGGUAGACAGGGUGCGCCCCAAUGACGGUCAUCCCUCUUUUUAUGGGGUGAAACUGUGUGGAAGAGAGUUCAUACGAGCUGUCAUCUUUACCUGUGGUGGUUCUCGCUGGAGGAGAAGCGCAGAAGACUCGGCAUUUAUUGGAGAGAAGACCUAUGAUCCAUGGAAGGCAAAUCCCAUCCCUCAACUUAUGAGCGAGCAAGAUCCUGCAGAAUCCGAACCAUGGAAAAAUCCAGCAUCUGUAGCAGCAGGACUCAGCCGCUCAGCUCGCUCACCGAUAACAGAAGAGGUCCUGGAGGCUCUACGGAGCGCAGACAGGAAAGGACGGGACGUAGUGGUUGGACUGUCCAAUGCUUGCUGCAAGUGGGGCUGCAGCAAGAGUGAAAUCAGCUCUCUCUGCUGAACUUAAAUUUUUCUAAAUAUACACCCUGUUCUGUUCAAAAUGAAGAACUUUACUCCCAUACGCAAUUUCUUAAAUGUCCACUUUCGUUCAACUACCUGUCCAUAAUGUGAAUGUCUUCUUGAUAUUUGUUUGCUCUGGUCAAUGUUGGUUGUUUAAUAAAGCUUUGCUUAGUUGAUUAUGAAA